AUUCGAUCUGAUGAAAACACAUUUUCGCAACCCUGGCUGCAGCUAACUUCAGAAGAUGUCUUCUGAACCUAACGAACCACGGCCACAUAGCCAUGGUGCAGUUGAGUCAGCAGCCAGAAACCUGGUGUCUUUGCUGCUUAACACUCUGGCCCCAAGCACGUCAACAAAGCCGACAGAGACAGGGCAGCCUGCCCCUGCGCCUGUCCCUAGAAAUCUAACUGUGCAGCAGGAGAUGGCAAGAUCUUUUCCUGGUUAUUUCAAAUCAAACCUCAGUCGAGGUAAAAAGAGGUGUUUGACUGCCACCAAGCAUCCUAUUAAGAUAACCAGUAAGACAACAGCUCUGAAUUUUUUUCUGCUGCCAAAAAAUACAGCCCACACACCGUUGCCACCUGAGGAGCUUGAACUCCUCCAGGCGGGCAUGGGAAGACAAACGGUGUCUCUUCCUGAAGAUGGUGACCACUUAGAGAUUUCUAGGUUCCUGACUGAAACGUUUCCAAAAAUGGAGGAUCUUUCUGGAGGAUGGCUAUUGCAUAAAGCAACAGGUGGCAGUGGUCGACGAAAGCUCACUGUCAUUCCACCAGAAGCAGAGGGGUAUUCUGUCAAAGCUCUUCGAGCUGUGUCUGCAGGUGGCAAAGCCACUUUUUACAUCGUACCACUGCAGGAGACAUUAGACACGUCUCCUCUGCCUCCUGACUCACAGCAAUUUUCAAAAAUGCCAAAGAAGACAUGCUUCCAGUGUAAUGAAGUGAUGCCUUUGCAGAUGCUCACAGUACACAUUAAGACAUGCAGGGGAAGACUGUCCUCUGAUGACACUGGCGAUGAGUCCUCUGAUGUAUGUGUUGUGGAGAACAAGCACAAGGCAGUUUGUCCAAUUUGCACCAAAGAAUUCCCAGACGAUGAGAUAACAGUCCAUGCCAGCCUGUGUGGAGAGAGUGACUUAAGUGACAGCUUUGAAUGUACAGUGACUUCUGCAGAAAAUGACAGUAGUCCAAGUAUGCCUGCUCAAACUGCAGUAUUCAAACCAAAAAGUACGGAAGAUGUAUUGUGCUUCAUUGAACAACAAGUUGACACCAGUACAGAGUUUAAAUUGUGUGUGGACAGAGAGAACCUUCCAGACAGAGGCAUUCUCCAGUGGAAAAGGAAAAAAGCUGCAUCUCCUGCCAGUGCUCUCAAGGUGGUCUAUAUAGGAGAGGCAGGCAUUGAUACAGGAGCACUUAGGAAAGAGUUUCUGACUGAUAUGGUUUCAGGUAUUGAAAAGAGAUUUUUUGAAGGAGCUGGGAACCAGGGUAAAAAUCCCAAGUACUCUUUGACAGAUGUUGAUAAUGAGAACUUUAGAACUGUUGGUGAAAUAAUGGCAGUCAGCCUCGCACAAGGUGGUCCACCCCCUGCUUUUUUGAGGGAGUGGUGCUACAACUUCCUCUGCACAGGAGAGGUGGACUUAAACUCUCUGUCUCAGGAGGAUGUGACCGAUCUAGAAUCCUGUCUGCUCAUCAGCAGGGUUGAAAAUUCUGCAGAUGCUGAGUCUCUGAUGUUGUUGGCUGAUGAAAUUGUAAGCUGUGGAUACACAAGGCAGAUCAAACUGGACAGCAAAGAAAACAUAAUUCGUAAGUUUUCAAAGAAUAACAUUUUAAAUAUUUUUCAUGCAAAAAUGUUAACUUUGCAACAGUUUUGA